UACAACAUGGCAUUCGGAUCCGAUGAAGUGUGUUACACGUCAAGGUGGGGACAUUGUUGUCAUUUUAUAACUCUCAGUUCCCACCGAACCGCCACCGUUCUACCGCACACAACGGUUCGAGCAAAGCGAAGGCUCCUGAACAAGACAAACUGUUAUUGAUUGAGAACAUGUUUUCUAUCGGUUUUUUUACACACAUAACAUACUAUUCCAAUUCUAUGGUGAAGAUAGGUUGUCUUGUGGAUAUAGUUAACUAGAUGACAUCUUCGUUUUUCGUUGGUUAUUUACAAAGUGUUUUGAAGUCGCCAUCUUGGGGUUCUUUCCUCUGUUUUAACCAACUUGGCUUCCAUAUUCGGAUUCUUUGGUUUGUCAGACUGUGAAAAGGACGUGCUUUUCAUGAUGGGGUGCUUUUGCUAGCUUAGCAAAUUGUUUCUUAUGGGAGAUGAAAUAAGUAAGCAACAUGAAGCGAGAGAAAAAUUGAAAAGGAUUGCAAGCUAAAGUGUUGCAUUUAUUCCUAGCAGGUUUAUAUUUGGUAAUAGCUCUGAUUAAGGGCCCUACAAUGGGUACUAUCAUUGAAGCAGAUGACAUGUAUACCAGGAUCUUGGGAAGAUGGCCUAUCUUUUAUUAUGGAAUGGGACACAUGCUCAAUGACAUAACUGCAGCUUGUUGGUUCACAUAUUUAUUAUUGUUCUUGACAGAUAUUGGACUUUCACCAAGGAAUGCAGCUGCUGUGAUGCUUUCAGGUCAAGUGGCUGAUGGAUUUGCCACCAUAUUUAUUGGAGAACUGAUAGAUAGAUUUGGACACUUCAAGAUAUGGCAUGGUGCCGGUUCUGUAUUGGUGGCUGUUUCAUUUUCUUCAGUUUUUGGGGUUUGUUUACCUUGUAAAAUUUUUAGUUCCUAUUCAUCUACUUUUGAAACUGUGAGUUAUAGCAUAUUUGCAGCAAUCUUCAACCUGGGCUGGGCUGCUACUCAGGUUUCACACAUGUCCAUGGUGACUUGCAUCACACUGAACUCGACAAGCAGAGUGGCACUGGCUAGCUGUCGCAAUGCUUUUACCAUGAUUGCCAACUUGAGUUUGUAUGCAGUUGCAUUGAUAGUAUUCAGUGUCAUUGAUGGAAAAAUACAUACUGAUGUUCAAAAUCAGUAUCGUUGGAUUGCAUUUCUGUCUAUUUUUAUUGGAUGUUGCUUUGUGAGCGUAUUUCUUCUUGCAACCAAAGAGCCCAGGUUAAAGGUAGGUGUACAUGGAAAGGUUCAUGCAAGGAUUUCAUGGAAUUACUGGUUCAAGAGAAUUCUGUAUUACCAGGUUGCUCUAAUUUACGUGAUCACAAGAUUGGUUCUCAAUGUUUCUCAGGCAUACCUUGCUUUUUUUGUCAUCAAUGAUCUUCAAAUGGCCCAAUCAGCCAAAGCUUUGGUUCCUGCUCUCAUAUACAUCUGCAGCUUCGUUGUAUCUCUAGUGUUACAGGAGAUUUCAUGGACUGGGAGAAUGCUCAAGGCCUAUUACUCUGCUGGAUGCAUUCUUUGGAUUUUUUGUGGGGCAGUAAUCUUUCUUUUGAGUGCAAAUAUGAGUUAUGUGAUGUACAUAGUGUCAGUAGUUAUCGGCAUAGCAAAUGCUCUUAUGAUGGUAACUGGAGUAAGCAUGCAGAAUUUUCUGAUUGGAGAGAACCUUAAUGGUUGUGCUUUUGUUGUUGGAUCAUUGAGCUUUUUGGACAAAAUUUCAUGUGGGAUUGCUUUAUAUGUUCUUCAGUCAAACCAAAAAAUCUCUUCACAGCUUGAGGGAACACAGUUUGCCUUUACAGUUACGAGGUAUGGUUUGGGUGUUGUUCCUGCAAUAUGUUCACUAAUUGGGGUGAUUGUAACUUACACAAUGGAUUUCCAGAAUCUCUCAAAUCCCUCAAAGUCGUUGAGAGCACCACUAUUAGUCUAGUUUUCUCACUCAACAUAACCAUUAUCCUUUCUCGUAGCAUCUACCAUACAGCAACCUUGUACCAGCAUAUAUUUUUUAUUUGAAAUAUCUUAUUUGUACCUAGGAAUUUCCUUAUACUUUCCACAUCUAAC